AGUCGUGUUUUGAAGUCUCGUCAAAAUGUUUUAUUUGAUUCUUUUCUCAGUUAUUGUUUAUUUAUUGUACAAAUGGGCAAUUAAAGAUCAUGACUAUUUUGACAAAAUUGGCUUGGCAUAUGAAAAGCCAUACCCUUUGGUUGGCAAUAUGCUUGAUAUCGUGUUGCAACGAAAGCCAUUGAUGGACAUGAUAGAACCAAACUACUAUCGACACAAGAAAGACAAAAUUUUUGGCUUCUUCAACUUCACGAGAGUUUCUUACUACAUUCUCGACCCUGAAAUCAUCAAGAAAAUUACAAUCAAAGAUUUUGAUCAUUUCGUUAAUCACAGCGAUGAAAUUACGAAUGCUGAUAAUGUUUUCAAUCGAAGUUUGUUUGCAUUACAUGAUAAAGAGUGGAAAGAUAUGCGAUCGACCUUGAGUCCAAUUUUCACAAGUUCAAAAAUGAAAAUGAUGUAUGGACACUUAUCAGAUCAAGCAACAAAUUUUGUCAAACAUUAUGAAGAAAAAGCCAAGAAGGAAGAUAAUCUGAUAGUGGAAGCGUUGGAUACGUUCGCUCGAUUUACUGCUGAUGGAAUUGCGACAUCAGUUUUCGGGUUCCAAACUGAUUGUGUAGUGAACAAAAACAGUGAAACAUACAAAAUUGUUCAAAAAAUGCUUCAUGAUUUCCUUGGAACAAUUGGAGUUCUGAAAACUGUCUUCUCGUUUGGUUUUCCUAAGAUCUACAAUAUGCUAGGACUUCAGAUUACCUCCAGAGAAAUUUAUGAUUUCUUCAAGCGAGUUGUCAUUGAUGUGAUGGAUGAAAGAGAUAGAAAAAAUAUUUUUCGACCUGACGUUAUUCAGUUAUUGUUGCAGGCCAAGAAAGGUCAAUUAAAAACUGAGAAAGAAAACGAACUCAACGAGAAAGAACUUACUAACUUUGCUGCUAAUAUCGAAUACGAUCUUGGAUCAAAGAUCAAUGAUGCGUCUCAUUUUACACAAGACGAUUGGAUCGCUCAAGGUUUUAUAUUUUUCUUUGCUGGUUUCGAUACAACAUCGAACCUUCUUCAAAUGACAUGUUACGAACUUGCAAUGAAUGUUGACAUUCAACGUGAACUACAGGAAGAAGUUGAUGAGCAAUUGAAUUUGCUUGAUGGAAAAACGAUCAGUUAUGAAGCUCUGCAUAAGAUGAAAUUCUUGGACAUGGUCAUUUCAGAAGCUUUGCGAUUAUGGGUUCCUGCCCCUCAAGUUGAUAGAGCAUGUACCAAGGAUUACGAUAUAGAGUUGGGAAAUGGACGCAGCGUGACAAUAAAGAAGGGGCAAGUCAUUAAUAUCCCGAUUCAAUGUGUUCAUCACGACCCAGAGUACUUCCCGGAGCCUAAGAAGUUCAAUCCUUAUCGAUUCAGUGACGAAAAUAAAGAUUCUAUCAUUCCUGGAACUUACCUUCCCUUCGGAAUGGGUCCAAGAAUCUGCAUUGGAUCACGAUUUGCAUUGAUGGAAGCGAAACUUUUAAUGUUCAACUUGAUGAGUAAAUUCAAUGUAGAAAAAUGUGACAAAACUCCUGAAAAAGUGACAUACGAACCAAAUUUGUUUUUCAGAAUCAAAGAAAAAAUUUAUUUAAGAUUCAAAUUAAGAAAAUAAAUUUUAUCUCUUUUUGAUUUAAUUUCUUUAACAAAUUUUGAAUCAAGAAAAGUAACAUUUGUUGUUUUAUAUCUGCAUACAUAAAUAUUAAUCCGAGGAACGAAUAAAUAAAAACAGAGAAUAUUAACUAAAUUUUCAAUUUUUACUGUAAUAUUUUAAAUGAAAAAAAAUUUCAGAAAUUAAAAUACUUCAAGUUAAAUGUGCAUCAAAAAAAUUCAAUUUACGCUGAUGCAGACAUUGGUGGCGAAGAUUCAUCAGAUACUUCAGUGCAACACGUUCCAUAACAUUCUUCCUCUGUCGAGAAAUUGUUUGCAUUUCCUAGACAUCCUCCAUAUAUGAAUAUAGAACAUUCUUGAGUAGUCGCAUCAUAGUACCAUCUUUGGAAUGCACCUCUGCAAGGUCCUACGACUUGUGGUAGAAGGCAAAUAUCUGUGGGAUCUCCACCAGCUUUCACAGUGUCCAAGCUUAUGAAGAUAAGCAAAACGCCAACGAUUAAAAUUUUCAUUUUAAGAAACUUUCAAA